AUGGAAACACUCUACUCCACUUCAGGCUUCAAUUCGGAGACCAGUCUGUCAGGAAGACCCCAUACCCCGCCAUACAGUCCCGCGCGGACCAAGAAGCCGGCAAAGCGCAGACUUGAGCGCAGUGACUCACCGGCUUCCAAUGCGGGCUCGAUACACCCCGCCGACACCGACAGUCCGGCCAAGAAGGCAGCCAAACGGACAGUGCCAGAUAACAUAACUGUGGAGGAACUUGCUGAGGGCGACGUGGGCUACAUCACCGACAUCGAUGUUGUAUAUCCGGAGGAAUUGGAGGAAGUUAGCGAGGAUGGCAGUAACGACGACCGCAAUACCGCGACUGAUAUUAGCGACUCUGAGGCAACUGGAUUGACGCGGAAGCUAUCACGUCUACGUUGCGGAGAUGAUCAAGAAGUCGACUUUGAGCAUCUCCGCCGCAGGAGACACCUGGAGAAGCGCAAUGGCACUCGCAACUUCAAACGCUCGCACAGCCAGACCGUGAAGAGCGAGACCGAGAUCGCUGAUUCGGAUGGCCUCGAUGAUCACGACAUCGAGUCCACUCGGCGAAGAUUACGCCGGCGCGUUCGAGGUCCACGUGAAGUGGGUGUGGCAUUCGAAGACCUCCUCAGGAGCUCGCCGGAAAUCGGAAGUAGGGGCCUCACUCCGGACGGGUACGUUGAGGAACCCUCAGUCACGUCUCAAGCAGAAGACGAUGUGAUGGAUGUGGAUGAUGGCAAGUGA